CCCAUUUCUUUCUUCCAAAGUUUGGAUUCUAAUCUCUCUGAAUAAUCCAUUUCAAGGUCAAUCAAUAUUUGAGCAUCAACCUCUCUUUGAAUUUUCUACAUCAUUAUUUCCUUACAAAACCUUAUAUGAUUGUAUGUACAUAUAUAUUUAAAUCUCAUGCAACGUCUCAUUAUUUCUUAUAUAACUAGUUAGUAGUGGUGAUGAAGUUGAAGAGCAAGCUCAAGCAAGCUCUAGGAUCACUCAUGGAAAUCUCCGGGAGCAGCACCGAUAUUUUCUCCGGCAUUGAUGCAGCCAUUGCUCGUGGAACAGAUCGUACCGACACACCGGUGGAUGAUAAAUAUGUGCAUGAGAUCCUCUUCUUGGUCUCGAAUUCUCCCGGUUCCAUCACCUUCUUAGCUAGACGUAUCACUCGCCGUCUCGAGACAGCCACCGAUGUUAUCCUAGCAUUGAAAACACUUCUUCUGCUUCACCGCUUGCUCCGUGGAGGCGACCGAUACUUCGAGCAAGACUUACGCAGUCUUUGGUACUCCGGCGAGCUUCGAAUUGAUUUAGGAUGGUCAUGUAACGAUUGUAAUCGCUUGAGCUCCUUCAUCAUCAGCUACUCAGAGUUGCUCAAAGAAAGGGUUCAAUGGAUUAUAAACCAGUCAGGUAAGCUUGAGCCAGUGAGACCAUUAGGUUUAGAGAUUCAAUCAUGUGAAGAGAACGCAAUAGAGUUGGUGUUGCAUAGGUUGUCUAAGUGCCAAGCUUUUCUUGAUCUAACAAUGGAGUGUUUACCUUCAAAGAUUUGGCAUUCAAGUAGAGUGACACAAGUCGCCAUGAACAUCAUCCUGAGAGAGUUUUUCGGUGUAUGUGUGCUUUUUCUUGAUGAAUAUUAUAAGAGUUUGAGAACAAGUAUGGUAGGAAAGAGCUUGGAUUUCCCUUCAGUGAGAGUGUUCACAGUGGAGGAUGUUUCAGCAAUGGAUAUGGCUUCAAGUGAGCAAUUAAGUCCAUUUCAUUGUAAAUUGGAGACAAAGAUAAGCACAGUGUGGGUGGAGUUUGAUGAUGAUGGUGAUUCACAGAGUUCAAGCUUGUUUUCUUUUGGAGGAUUUGAGGAUCACCUUCUCACUAGCGCUGGAGAUGAUUUGAUUACUGAUCAAGGGGAGAGUUCUACUACUACUACUAAUACCACAAUUACUAGUAGUACUAGUAAUUACAUGCAGCUGUUGUAGAUAUGUUUUUCUGAGAGCUUUGAUUUUCAUGUAUUCCUUUCUUUAAUUUCUUUGUUAUUAGUUUUCUGCUACUUUUGUUUGUUUGUUUGUGUA